CCAAAUUCCCUGAAUUCUGAAAUCCCAAACGACACACACGAUCCUACGAAGCGAAGCGACGCAAGGUGAAACGUCUCAACGAAGCAACAGACAGCUCAAGAAGAGCUAUAGAGAGAGAAGAAACAGAUAACUUGGUGUUCCUGCUGCCAUGCCUGCAAUCCAUCUCUCCUCCAUUUCCGUUUUCGGCAAAAAGGCUCCCCAGAAAUUCCCGCUUCUCUCCGCUUGAUUUCUAGGGUUUUCGCCCCCCACUUUCUUCCUUGUCUCUCGGUUUCUCCUUCCGUGGAUUCCGGAAAAAGGGAGCCUCUCAACUCAAGCGGUGCCUCUGCUCUGUUCCAUUCCCUUCCCCCCCUGCUUCUCCAUCACUCCGUGGAGAAAUGGUGUUACCUCGCUCAAUUGUUUGCUCCCUGUAAGCUUGUCGGUGAAUUGCUCGCUCAGGUUUGCCCGGGCCUUUCUGAAUCUAAAUUCUCUGCAAAUUCAAUGCUGCCCGAAACGUUGCCAUGAUAGCUCCCUUGAGGUGUUGAUAAAGCUUCCGCCGGCUGAAUUUUGUUUAGUUUCCUCCCAUUUGUGGUGGUUUCAUUGAGGGGACGGGGGAGCUGGUGUAGCCGAGGAGGGCUGAUGGCUGUUGAAUUCUCCUUGCUGUAGUAUUUUGUGUUCCUUUUCACCGCCUCUGGAGUAGCAUUUACUGACAAUUGAUUGAAUCUGGACUAGGAAUUUGAUGAAGUGAUUGAAGUGUAUGCGGCGUGGUAGACUGUUGAUUAAAUAGAUCGGUUGGCGAUGGACGGAGAGCUGGGGAAUGAGUUGGCGCCAGGUGGGUUGGUGGAGGAGUUGCAUUUCCGUGGCAAGGAGAGCGAGUAUCCCUUGAGACAGCCUGAAGCCUCCAAUGUGGUGCUUGAGCAGUCAGAGGAGGCUGUUCGUGGUGAGAAUGACUAUCUGAAUAGUUCGUUUGAAGCGAUUUCUGAUAUCUUGGAGGGCAGGACUUCCAGUGCAAACUUGGGACUGGAGGAUCCUACUGAGCAGCCUUGUGCAAGGCCUCGAUAUAUAGAUGACGCAGGGAACAUGGUGGAGGAGUUGAUGGUGAAGAACUAUGAUGGUUCUAACUUGGCCAUAGUUGGCACAUCAAACCACAGGGAGAAAAUGGAGUCCAGGUGGAGUCAGUGGCAGCAGCCUUAUCAUCCUGGAGUGGGGCCGGGAAGUGGGAGUUCUCGCAGCAGUGUUUGGCAUAGGGGAGAUCAUCAGGCAGUGAGCCUGUGUGAGAAUAAUGCUACACAGAAUGUAUUGUCUUCUGAGUUUACGGGUAAGGGAAUUUCAACUGAUUUCUCCAAUGAGGCUGCCGGACAACUAGCAGAUGCUGAACAUACUAAGGUUAGCGAUAUGGUUUCCCGUGGUGGUAUACGGACAAAGAUUCUAUCAAAGUCAGGGUUUGCUGACUUUUUCAUAAAGAAGACUCUGAAGGGUAAGGGGGUUGUUUUCAGAGGCUCUUCUCAAAAUGUUGUGAGACCUGAGCCAGUGGAUCAGGACAACAGAAAGACUUCAACUGUUAAGUUGGCAACUACUAGUGCUUCAACGAGUAUGGGCGAUAAACCUGUAAUGCCUUCACCCUCCUUUGGUGUUGUCAGGCCAAGGCAUAGCAGCAUUGACGGUCAUGGAGUCAGUUUGAGGGAAUGGCUAAAUGUUGGACGCCAUGGGGUAGAUAAAGGUGAAUGCUUUCAUAUCUUUAGGCAGAUUGUGGAUCUGGUGGAUAGCUACCAUUCGGAAGGAGUUGUCUUGUGUCAGUUAAGACCCUCUUGCUUCAAGCUGUUGCCAACUAAGCUGGUAAGAUACCUGGGAUCAGUUGACAAAAGAAGUGACCUAGGAAGUGGAAUGGAUCAGGAUGUGCCUUGUUCAGAUAAUCAUGAGAGUAAAAGGAGGCUAAUAAAUCAUGGAAUGUUUUCAUCUACUGGUUUGCAUGCUAAGAAACAAAAAUUAAGUGAGAACAUGAAGGCUGGUAAUAGGUGGCCUCAACUCAGUUCAAAAUGUGGCAUCAAACUUAAAACUGGAGAAGUUGGCUUAUCAAGCAAACAGCAGUCCCCUUAUGAGCCUUCUGGAUGCAAUCCGAAUGCAGGAGAUGGAUCUAAGAGCAAUAUUAGCUUCCCUUGGCUAUCUAAUGCAGUACAACAACAACCGUUAAAAUGUGGCACUGACCCACUGGAAGCGAAGUGGUAUGCGAGUCCUGAGGAGCUGAGUGAAGGAAUCUGCACGAUGUCAUCAAAUAUUUAUGCUUUGGGUGUACUGCUGUUUGAGUUGCUUAGUCGUUUUGACUCUGAAGGAGCGCGUGGAGUGGCCAUGUUGGACUUGUGUAACAGGAUUCUUCCUCCUCAUUUUCUGUCCGAGAAUCUGAAGGAAGCUGGAUUUUGUCUUCUGCUACUUCAUCCUGAACCUUCCUCACGCCCAACGACAAGGGAGAUUUUGCAAUCUGAUGUGAUUAAUGGAUUGCCGGAUGCGUCUGUAGAAGAAUUGUCAUCCUCCAUUGAAAAAGAUGAUUCCGAAUCAGAACUAUUGUCGUAUUUUCUUGUAUCACUCAGAGGGAAUAAGCAGAGUAAUGCCUCCAAGUUAUUAAACGAUAUUAGGUUCCUAGAAGCAGAUAUUAAGGAGAUUGAGAAGCGGAAUUGCUCAGAGAGAUCAGCAACACUGGGUCACUUCCAUAAUGCAAAGGAACACACUUUCCAGCAAAAUGACAGUUUAAGUGCUGAAAGAAUCGCUCCAAUGUUCUCUAAUCCUGAUACAAAAGAGAUGAGGUUGAUGAGAAAUAUCAGUCAGCUUGAGAGUGCUUAUUUCUCCAUGAGAGGCAAAGUCCAAGUCCCCGAGGCUCAUGCUACAUUACGCCAAGACAAGAGUUUGUUGAGAAAUCGUGAAAACUGGCAAUCAGAAGAUGCUGACGAAAAAUACAACCCAUCUGAUUGCCUUGGGGAAUUCUUUGAUGGUCUUUGCAAAUAUGCUCGAUAUAGCAAGUUUCAAGUCCGUGGAUCAUUAAGAACUGGGGAGUUCAACAAUUCUGCUAAUGUGAUAUGCUCUUUAAGUUUUGACCGGGACAUGGACUAUUUUGCUGCUGCUGGUGUUUCCAAAAAAAUAAAGAUAUAUGAGUUUAAUUCGCUCUUCAAUGAUUCUGUUGAUAUUCAUUAUCCGGCCGUUGAAAUGACAAACAAAUCAAAGCUCAGCUGCAUCUGUUGGAACGGCUACAUCAAGAAUUAUCUGGCUUCGACCGACUAUGACGGUGUGGUGAAGCUAUGGGAUGCAAGCACUGGUCAAGGGGUUUCUCAAUAUAAUGAGCAUCAAAGGAGGGCUUGGUCUGUUGACUUUUCUCCAGUAUGUCCAACAAAAUUAGCUACUGGAAGUGAUGAUUGUACAGUGAAAUUGUGGAGCAUAAAUGAGAAAAAUAGUUUAAGUACGAUCAAGAACAUCGCCAAUGUCUGCUGUGUUCAGUUCUCCUCCCACUCCACUCAUUUGCUGGCUUUUGGAUCUGCGGAUUUCAGAACCUACUGCUAUGAUAUUCGAAAUGUUAGAAUGCCCUGGUGUAUAUUAAACGGCCACGAGAAAGCAGUGAGCUAUGUAAAAUUUGUGGAUGCAGAGACUAUUGUUACUGCAUCAACUGACAACUCACUGAAGGUAUGGGAUCUUAAAAGGACCAAUAGCAGUGGCCUAUCCAUGAACGCUUGCAACUUAACUCUUCGAGGGCAUACAAAUGAAAAGAAUUUUGUUGGCCUAUCGGCUUCGGAUGGUUACAUCUCAUGUGGUUCAGAAACAAACGAGGUUUAUGCUUACCAUCGAUCUCUACCCAUGCCGAUGGCAUCUCACAAGUUUGGUUCAGUGGAUCCUAUAUCGGGGAAAGAGACAGAUGAUGACAAUGGACAGUUUGUUUCUAGUGUCUGCUGGAGGGGGAACUCAGACAUGGUCUUAGCCGCCAAUUCGAGUGGCUGCAUUAAAGUAUUGCAAAUAGCUUAAAGAGAUGACUGCCAAAAGUCUUCCCCCUACUGGCUUCCUGAUUGUUCAACAAGUUCAAUAAUAUCCUUCGGAGGCCCGAUCAGCAGCUCGAAAUCGGUCAACGUUUGCAUUAUCCUCCUUUUGUCUAUCUUCAACCAAGGCCCCCUCCAACAUAUACAGAUCUUUGAACUUAUCAUUGUUGGUACACACAUAACAGAUGAUUAAAGGUGAAGUUUCCCGCUCCAUUAUGAACAUAAUAAACGCAGGCAUAUGUAGCUGUAUUUGGGUAAAACAAGGGAAUCUGGUUGAAGAUGAGGAUUCUGCAGAGCAUUGGGGACAAAGUUGGUUGCAUACAGCCUCAGUAUAUAUAAUGCUGGAUCAAAAUGGCAGAACUGAAAUGAGCCCUGUAUUGAGUUUGUAACUAAAAGAAUGUGGAUAGUUUGCUUUGUUUUUCUAGUUUAUGUAAAUGUCUCAAAGAAAGAGAGCAUAAUAGUGUACACUGCUGACUGGACAGGUCUUAUCCUGAAAAAGAAUGAGAAGCAAGUUUUGGAACGAAUCUCUGUCAGACUUCUCUCUUUUUUACCUUUUGGCUCCUUCAUAUUAACUAUGUGAUUCGAAAUGAAAUCCUGAACAUACAAGGAUUCAAAGUCCAGGGUUGGCUGCUCGAAUUACUGAAGAAUCCAAAUUACACUGCUACAAGAAAAAUCAGGUAACACUCACUGACCCGUUUCUAUCUCCUUUUCUGUCAACACUUGAUUGAUUCAUUCAAUAUUUUACCUAGAGAAACAAAAACCCAGGAGAGGAAUGGAUAAAUGGUUAAACCAGAAAGGUAGCACCAUUGAUCGUUCCUCCCCGCAUUCAUCACCUUCGUUCAUGACACCCCUUUCCCUGGAUUUUGUGAACUCAUUGUUGUUCUCUUUGGACUGUCUUUCGCAGCAUUCGUCCUCAAACUCCGGCCAGUUGGACUCCACGUUGCUGACAAUCUCGCCGGUGAUGACCUCACUGGAGUUUUCACUUUUGAUUUAACACCUGGAGCUUUCUUCACUUUAACAUUAGCUGGCUUCUUUGCCACGGCAGUAGCAGCAGGCAUUGUUUCUUUCUUCGGUGGCUCCGAUAUCACUGACCUCACAUCCGACGUGAUCAUUUCCUCCGGACUUCCAAUACAAACCGACUUCGCAUCAGAUUGAACGAUCUUGGAUUCAUCCGCAGCUGGCAACACAAUUGGAUCUUCACCUGCUGCAGGGGUAAGAGGCUCUUCAUUUCCUGCCUCAUUUGACUUGAACUUCACACCAAGAGAGGACGUCAUCUUCUCCCUCUCCGCGAGCCUGUAAGCAAACAUAUGAAACGGAAUCUGAGAAACCGAGCUCGAAUCGCAGGUGACCUCAGCAGGGAACUUCUUCAGAAACCCAGCUUCCAGUUCGGUGUAGUCGACAGGGGGCAUCUGCAUAUUCGGCUGCCCAUCACUAGGAUUCAUCACCAGGAACUUCUUCACGUAUCUAAGAACCCUACAAAUCGAGGAGAAGCUCGGCCUGCAGCUUGGAUCCUUAUGCCAGCACUUCUUCGUCAUGUUCACAAGGUAUUUAGGUGAUUGAAAUGGGAAUAACGGUCUCUCCCCAGCUCGAAUGUUCUUGAUCAUCUGAUCACCAUGGAGAUGCCCGUCCUCAAAUGGAAGCUUCCCCGAUAACAGGCAGAAACUCAGCAUUCCAAAGCUGUAGACAUCGGCCUUCUCCGUGUACUUGCUAUUCGACCUUGAAUUAUUCCCACCACCAGCAGCUGCAGCCUCUUGUUCCGCUAGCACCUCCGGCGCAUACCAGAUUGCCGGAUCGAUUGCAUCUGAGCUCGAAGAAGCAUGCCUCAGAGGUUGACUUUCAACUCUCGCGAGUCCAAAGCCUGAAACUUUGACGAAGAAAUAACCCUCUGUGGAUUUCCUUGGCUUGAGCAAUAUGUUGGUGAUGUUCAAAUCUCCAUGGUAGAUCUUCUUCGAAUGGAGAUACUCCAUCCCUCUAGCUACCUGAAGCAUGAUAUCCACAACAAUGGGGAGAGGCAAAAGAACCCUUUUCCUCGGACUGCUGUUCUCCUUCAUGUAAGAAUACAAAUCCUUGCUCAUCAACUCCAUUACUAAAAAGCAUUCCUUUUUGUCCUCGUCAUAGAAUCCACAGAAGUACUGGACUAUGUUGGGAUGAGCCAACGACAUUAGAUCAUAUAUCUCAGAGCUCAACGGCUCAAUCUCGUGGAACACAUGUCUCAUUGCAAAUCCUUCCCCUAGCCAUUGGAUCUCCUUGUACUGGCUUCCUUCCCCUAGUCUUCUCCUCACUUUGUAAUCUUCAGCUCCCAAUAAAAUCGAGCUAGGUGGGAGUUUCCCGUUAACUUUCUCGACGCUGUUGAGCUUCUUCAGCAGCAGAUCAGCAAUGCGAUGCUCAUUCUUUGAGAUCAAGCCUGAUGCUUUCUUCUCCUUCAGCUUCUCGAUGAGAUGCCAUUUGUCUUCCCUCAGGGCAGCUUUGAACUGGCAGCAUAUCUCUCUUGGGAUCAAGUACUGCCUCCCGAACCUCCACUGGAACAGCUUGGGGUCAUACCAGCUUCGAUCGUAUUUUUUCGAAAGCAUCACUCUUUUCCUCUUCAUGUCUGCCUCGUCGAGGCCAGAGAUCUCUCCUGCACUCUCUAUGGCCUCGACGACAGCGUGGAAGCAGGUGAGCAGGUUGUGGAUGUGGAACUCGACGGAGUCUUUGUUUUGGUGGAGGGAGAGGGAUUUCCCCCACCAGUCCUUGCUGUUGUCCAUACAAUGGCGGACGUAGAGCUCUCCUUCUUUGAACACCCUGUGAAGCUCCCUCAACGGCUCCUCCAAUGGCUUCCACUUCGUGUUCUUCUCUUCCAGGGUGAGGUUGUGCCUGAUCUCCUCGGCUAUCGUGUCGAAUGCCGAGGUGAACAUCUGGUGCAGGAGAACGCACUGGCGUGGGUUGAUUUGAAUGUCGUCUUGGAGCACCAUUAGUGCUUUCAAGCUUCCCAGGACUUCCCCUACGUGUCUGAACUGCUCCAUUUCCUUUUUUUAUCAACUGGAGCUUCUUUUGCUGAUCUCUCUGUCUCUAUUUGCCCUCUCUAAACAAAGAAGCAAAGAGGGUUUGCUUCAAAGUUUAGAGAGAUCUCAGAACAAGGAUUCAGAAGAGCUUCAGGUCCUGGGAAAAGAGGAAUAUCAGGAUUCAGGGAGAAGUUCUUACAAGCGUUUUAUCAACCUAUCAAUCCUCAGGUGAUCAGAAGCGUUAGAAGAAGAAGAAGAGGGAUCGUACAUAACCCAUGAAGGAAAACGUAAAGCACAAUCUAACCAGCAAGAACGUAGUUUUCCAUGGCCUGAUCUUCUGGAAGAAUGGAAGGGAAAAUAAUUGGGGAAGCAUACAUUUACCUGAAGUAGUAAAAAAGCUCUGGUUCUUGAUGAAUCAGCCCAGAUCCCCUGCUGCCAUUAAUGAAUUCUUCAAAGGUACCACCUGCUCUUCCUCUUCCUCCGUCUCUCUCUCCCCUUUGUUCUCUCUCUAUAACCCUCGUCUCCCCUUCUCCAGCUUACUUAAUUACCUGAAAAAAAAUCCAAAACAGAGAAUGUUGAGGACGGAGAGUUCAAUGCAGCUUCUCUUCUUCUUGUUCUUCCUAUUUUUCGUCUUCGGACGUCAGGAUUCUUACAAACAAAGCAAACCUUUUUUCCCCCUGCCUGUAAUUUUCUCCCUCUGCCAAUGGUUUACGACGGAAUUUGAUCAAUGGAAUUACACAAACUGAUGAAAACAAACCGGACCCUGUAGAUUGGUCGUCGGAAAGUUCUCAAAUUUUCAAUUGGGUAAUUGAUCACAGGUGCUUUGGGUUGAUCUCAGGUGAAAUUCAGAGCGGCAGAGAGAGAAAGAAGAGAGGAGACGAAGAAAGGAGAGAGAAAGGGAGACGGUGGCCGUUGAAGUAGUCACCCAACCCAGUUACGACGGACCUUUCUUCUUCUUCAUUCCCCAAACGCAUUUCUCAACUGUUUCUUUCUUCUCCGACGCGAACCGCCGGACGCCGUAGUUUCUGAGGGAUCCUACAGGCCUACGUGGCUGUGCGGCGACGUCGUUUGAGGAUGGAAGAGAGCGGAAUGGUCUUGGAGAAUGCGACGCGUGGAAUGGUGGUGAACGUGGGGCCGUUAUCACACGUCUUCAUGGUGGUGGACUGGUAGUUAUUUCCGACGUGACUCCGGUUAAAAGGGACGGCGGGACAGCCACGAUUUCUUUAUUUUAUUAGUUUUAGUGGAGAACGACCAAUAAUAUGUGGUAAUUAGUUUAUCAAAGGAAGAUAAUAACAGAGCGGCAUGUAGAUACAAAUAAAAAGUUGUAUACGAUUGAAGGAAGUGUGGAAUAAUCCAUAUUCUAAUAGUGA